AUGGUCCGCAUCAACGCCGUUGUCCCAGGGCUUUUGUUAACUGACUGGGGCGAAAGGUACUCCACGGAAGAGAUCAAAGAGUGGAAAGAUAAAUCUAUUCUCAAAAAUGAGGUCGACCUUGACGACUGCGCUGAUAUGUACGUGACAAUCGCUAAGAACACUUCGAUGACGGGACAGGAGGUUUUUGUCGGUAAGGAAUUCCCCAUACUUUGA